GAGGAAGAGAGCGUGGUGUCCGAAGAGGAAGAGGAGGGGGACCCCGAGGAUAACCAGGACUCCGAGGAGCAGGAGGAAGAGGAGAUCAUGGAGGAGGAGGACGACGACGACUCCGAUUACCCCGAGGAGAUGGAGGAUGAAGAUGAUGCCAGCUAUUGCACUGAGAGCAGCUUCAGGAGCCACAGCACCUACAGCAGCACCCCAGGUAGAAGAAGACAAAGAGUGCAUCGUCCACGUUCUCCAAUAUUGGAAGAAAAAGACAUACCACUCCUUGAGUUUCCUAAAUCCUCUGAGGACUUAAUGGUGCCUAAUGAGCAUAUAAUGAAUGUUAUUGCCAUCUAUGAGGUACUACGGAACUUUGGCACUGUUUUACGCCUGUCUCCUUUUCGUUUUGAGGACUUCUGUGCUGCUCUGGUAAGUCAAGAGCAAUGCACACUUAUGGCAGAGAUGCAUAUAGUGCUUUUAAAAGCAGUUUUGCGAGAAGAAGACACUUCAAAUACUACCUUUGGACCUGCUGACCUCAAAGAUAGCGUUAAUUCCACUUUGUAUUUCAUAGAUGGAAUGACGUGGCCAGAGGUUCUGCGGGUAUAUUGUGAGAGUGACAAGGAAUACCAUCAUGUUCUUCCUUAUCAAGAGGCAGAGGACUAUCCUUAUGGACCAGUAGAGAGUAAAAUCAAAGUUCUACAGUUCUUAGUAGAUCAGUUUCUUACAACAAACAUUGCACGUGAGGAGCUAAUGUCUGAAGGUGUUAUCCAGUAUGAUGAUCACUGUAGGGUUUGUCACAAACUGGGGGAUUUGCUUUGCUGUGAAACUUGCUCAGCUGUGUACCAUUUAGAGUGUGUGAAACCACCUCUUGAAGAGGUACCAGAGGAUGAAUGGCAGUGUGAGGUCUGUGUAGCGCAUAAGGUGCCUGGUGUAACUGACUGUGUUGCUGAAAUCCAAAAAAAUAAACCAUACAUUCGACAUGAACCCAUUGGAUACGACAGAAACAGACGGAAAUAUUGGUUCCUGAACAGAAGACUUAUUAUAGAGGAAGAUUCAGACAAUGAGAAGGAUAAGAAACUCUGGUACUAUAGCACAAAGGUCCAGCUGGCACAGUUAAUUGAAUGCUUAGACAAAGAUUACUGGGAAGCUGAUCUUUGCAAAACUCUUGAGGAAAUGUGCCAAGAAAUUCAUCGGCAUAUGGAUAUCACGGAAGACCUUACUAAUAAAGCACGGGGCAACAACAAAUCUUUCCUUGCUGCAGCAAAUGAUGAAAUAUUGGACGCUAUUAGAAUAAAAAAAGGAGAACUAGUGGAGGAUAAAAGUCAAGCAGCUGAGGAAACAGAUAAGGACAAAAAUGAUGUUGAAAAUAAUGACCAAACAGAUACUGAAAAAAGCAAGGAAGAACCUGCAGACCAACUACAGGAAAAAAAUGAAGAAACACCACCUGACCAAGAUUCAGAAAACGGAAAAACAGAAGAGCCAACAGACGUUGGGGAUAAAAGUAACUCUGUGGCAUCAAGCACAGACGGCAGCACCACAUAUCCUUCUGCAGGAGAAAGUAGUUCCUCUGAAGGGAAGAGCGCAAUGAGGUGUCAGUCAGAAACCUCUGAUAGCAACAAUGUGCCAGAGAAGAAGUUGGCAUCAGAGCUCCCCGAGGAUCUCUCAGAAGAAACUGGUCAGAUGACCCCCAGCAUCAGUCCUAGUGCAUCAGCUGCACCCCUCCAGUCUGUCGAAAACAACAACGAGGUAAAUUCUAUGCAGAAUGACUCCAUUAAGACAUCUGAUGAUGCUGAAAAUGCAGAAGGAGGAUCCCAGACCUCAGAAGAAAUAGGGGAGAAAUCCAAUGGUGAAAGAAGUGAUUCUCCAUGCACAGGGAAAGGCACAUCAGGUUCAACACGAAUGCUUACCCGAUUACGAAAUCCAGAUAGCAAGCUGAGCCAGAUGAAAAGCCAGCAGGUUGCUGCAGCAGCACACGAAGCAAAUAAAUUAUUUAAAGAAGGCAGAGAGGUUCUGGUGGUUAACUCCCAAGGGGAAAUCUCCCGAUUGAACACCAAGAAAGAAAUUGUGAUGAAAGGAAACAUCAGUAAUUAUUUCAAGUUAGGUCAAGAGGGCAAGUAUCGUGUCUAUCACAACCAGUAUGCCACCAACUCAUUUGCAUUGAACAAACACCAGCACAGAGAAGACCAUGAUAAGAGACGGCACCUUGCACAUAAAUUCUGUCUGACUCCUGCUGGAGAAUUCAAAUGGAAUGGGUCUGUACAUGGGUCCAAGGUUCUUACCAUAUCUACUCUGAGGCUAACUAUCAUUCAGCUAGAGAGCAACAUCCCUGCGUCAUUCCUUCACCCCAACUGGGCCUCCCACAGGUCUAACUGGAUUAAGGCUGUUCAAAUGUGUAGCAAACCUAGAGAAUUUGCACUGGCUUUGGCUAUAUUGGAGUGUGCAAUUAAACCAGUUGUUAUGCUGCCAAUUUGGCGGGAGUCCUUGGGACACACUAGAUUACACAGAAUGACAGCUAUUGAAAGAGAAGAAAAGGAGAAGGUGAAAAAAAAAGAGAGGAAACAAGAGGAGGAAGAAACAAUGCAACAGGCUACAUGGGUGAAAUAUACUUUUCCUAUCAAACAUCAGGUUUGGAAACAAAAAGGAGAGGAAUAUAGAGUAACAGGAUAUGGUGGUUGGAGCUGGAUUAGUAAAACACAUGUUCAUAGGUUUGUGCCUAAAUUACCUGGAAAUACUAAUGUCAAUUACAGAAAAGUGCUACCAAGAAAGAAUGAUGUUACCACUGAAAAUGAGUGUGAAUUGGAUAAAAGAAAAAGUCCAGCAAAAAUAAAAAUAGAGACUGAUUCUUUUAAAGAAAGAAAAAAAGAUUCUCAUGAUCCACAAGAAAAGAACCAAAAGGAAAUAGAAAUUUCUGAAACCUUGGAGAGAGUCCAAGUAAAGGAAGAAAACAAAAUGAGUGAAGAAAAGGUGGAAAUUGAUACGAAUUCUGAAAACUUAGAUCAUGCAAAAGCUGAAGUGGAAGGAGAAGUUGAUUGUGAAAAUAGAGCCAUCAAGGAAGAACCCAUGGAGAUAGAUGAUGUAAAAAUUGAAUCCCCCACAAAAAAUGAGGAUAUUCACUCUAAAGCAGAUUUAAUCAAUGUCAGCGAGGGGUUUCACUUAUGGACUUGCUACAAAAGAAAAGUAAAAACAUCAAAAUUAGAUGGACUACUUGAAAGGAGAGUAAAACAGUUUACGUUGGAAGAAAAACAGCGCCUAGAAAGGAUGAAGCUGGAGGCUAGUUCUAAAUCUGUAGACCAUAGAUCUGUGAGUCCUCAGAAAAACAUAGAUGAGCCACAAACAACUAAAGCAAAAGAAGGAAGCCAGAUUCACAUGUUUCCCCAAGACAGAACCCAUAUUUCAGCUAAGAUCCAAACUGAAGAUUCAGUACAGGACUGCUUGCCAACCAGCAGUACACCUUGUACCAAAACCAGUGAACCAAGCCAGCCUUCUUUGCCUUCCAUAGACAGAAUGUCAAAAAGAGAAGGCCAAGUACUGGAUGAUGCCUCUGAAAUUCAAAGUUCAGUUCAGAACAUCACUAAAGAAGGUGAUUCUGAACCAAUUGCUGCUGAUAAUAGUCCAGGACAAGAGGCUCUUAAAAAAAGAGAGAAUGAGAGUCCAUUCAUGGAUGACGUAAAACAAACACACAGAGAAGAUAUAAGCAAGAGUGGCAUCUUAAACAAUGAAAAAUCUUCAGAACAAAAAAUAUUUAAUACCACAGUGUCUCAGAGUGAAUGUGAAAACCCAUUACGGCCAGUGGUAACUGAAAGCAGCUGUGAAACAGAUGUUCAGCCCAUUGCUGAAAAAGCAACCUCAGAAGAAAAACCUGAAAAACAGGUCUGUGACCCAGAAAAUAAUUGCACACUUAAAAGCCAUUUUGAACCAGUGUCCCCACAAGAAAAUGAUGAGAGAAAAGAUAUUGCUCAGAAAACCGCUGAUGCUAAAACAGAAAACAAGAUUUUAUCUGGUCAGAAACAAUCGUUAAAAAACGAGCUACCUUUAGAAAAAACACUUGAAAGCCAAACUCCUGAACAUAUGGGUGGAGUAAAUGUUAGUGAUGAUUUACUGAAUUCUAAAGUCACUGAAGCCAAUGGUGAAAGGCAAGGUGAGGGACAGAAAAUGGAAGCAAGUACCAUAAACAAAUGUCUUGAUCAGCUGAAUCUAAAAAGUAUCACUGACAAAAAGAACAAUAAACAUGGAGAAAUAGAGACUAAAGUAGAGAGAGAGAAAUCGGUGGCAUUUCAAAUUAAUGGAAAAGACAGUGACAUUCAGGUAUUGUCAAAUGAAGACUGUUUAAUGAAAGAUACCUGUGAUACUAAGGCAGGGAGUGAUAUUGAACCUAAAGUCAAUAAUAUUAGUAAAUCCAUUCCUGAACAUGAAAUAAAGCAAUUGACUAUUAAAGAAUCCUCUGUAAAACCAUUCAUGAAUGGUGAUAUCACUAUGGAGGACGCAGAUUUAAAAAGUAACUUGGAUACUAAAUCAUGUUUACAAAGUUCUGCAGACAUUGGUGGUGAAUCUGGAGAGUAUCCUCUGCUUCCAGAUAAAAUGUCUAAAUGUAUGCAAAAUAGUGGAGAAAAGCAGCAUUCUCCUGAAAGAUCCAGCUUUGUUGAUAGUGCUUCUACACAAGCACAGCUUUCCUGUAAAGAAAAUAACGUGAUUAGUGAAAUAGAGUCCAUGGAAACAGAAGGCAUUGAGGGUAAGGAAGUUGCACCCUCACCAGUAACUUCUUGUGAGGAAUCUAGCUUGAGUAGUGACUUUACUGAUCAGAAUGGCCUGCAGAUGUAUAAUAAAGUUGAAAAUACCAAUGGAGAAAAUAAAACAAAAAAUAAAACUGUUAUUACAGAAGUGACCACCACAACAUCAACUGUUUCCACAGAAUCGAAAAUGGUGUUUAAAGUAGCAGAGUUGUCAGCCUUCAAGGAUGAUAAACAAACUAUGGUGUCAUCUACAGAAAAUUGUGCCAUUUCCACUGUAACUACCACCACCACUGUAACUAAGCUUACCGCACCUGCUGCAGACAGCAAUGUUGAUGUCAUCUCUGUACAGGAGCACAGUAAAACUGUGAUUACCACAAUAGUAACUGAUUCAUUAACUGUUCCAGGAGGCACAUUGGUGACUUCCAUGACUGUGAGCAAAGAAUAUUCCACAAGGGACAAAGUGAAGUUAAUGAAAUUUUCGAGACCCAAAAAGACUCGUUCUGGAACAGCCUUGCCAUCUUACAGAAAAUUUGUUACCAAAAGCAGUAAAAAGAGCAUAUUUGUUUUACCCAAUGAUGAUUUAAAAAAGUUGGCCAGAAGAGGAGGGAUCAGAGAGGUUCCCUAUUUCAACUACAACGCAAAACCUGCCAUGGAUAUUUGGCCGUAUCCAUCCCCAAGACCAACUUUUGGUAUCACUUGGAGAUAUCGACUUCAAACCGUGAAAUCAUUGGCUGGGGUGAGCCUUAUGUUGCGGUUACUCUGGGCAUGUUUAAGGUGGGAUGAUAUGGCUGCAAAACCCCCACCUGGAGGAGGAACUACACGCACAGAAACAUCUGAAACUGAAAUUACAACAACUGAAAUAAUCAAACGGAGAGAUGUUGGUCCUUAUGGUAUUCGUUCAGAGUACUGUAUAAGAAAAAUAAUUUGCCCUAUUGGUGUACCAGAGGCUCCAAAAGAAACUCCUACACCUCAGAGGAAAGGCCUUCGAUCAAGUGCACUGAGGCCAAAGAGGCCAGAAACACCCAAGCAGACAGGCCCUGUUAUCAUUGAAAGUUGGGUAGCAGAGGAGGAAUUGGAAUUAUGGGAGAUCAGGGCAUUUGCUGAAAGGGUGGAGAAAGAAAAGGCACAGGCAGUUGAGCAGCAGGCUAAGGUUAGUGAACAGAAGAAGGCUGAGGAAUUCAAGGCCCAAAUGGAGGUUCAACUAAAACAGCAACGAUUGGCUGCCCAGCAGAAGCGACUGGAACAACAGAAGCAGUUACCUACAACAGCCACUUCGGUCACUACAGCAAGCAGUACUGCAACCACUGCCUCCACUCCACAGAAGGUUGUGGUAGGCCCAUUAACAGGCCCAGUUCCUACUGGAACCAAAGUAGUGCUUCAUACUAAAGUGGGCUCUCCAGCUACAGUAACAUUCCAGCAGAACAAGAACUUCCAUCAGACUUUUGCUACGUGGGUUAAACAAGGCCAGUCCUCAGCAGUAGCUACCAGCACAGCUGCUACAUCAGCUACAACCAUUGCCAGCACAGGUCAGACGUUCCAGAUUGCAGGCAGUCCAGUAACUAUGGCAGGCAAAGUGAUAACCAAGUUGCCACUUCCGGCAAACAGCAAGAUUGUUGCUGUCAAUGUGCCAUCAACCCAAGGAGGUGUUGUUCAAGUUCAGCAAAAAGUGUUGGGUAUCAUUCCAUCAACUACAGGUGCAAAUCAACAAACAUUUACUUCAUUCCAGCCACGGACAGCAACUGUAACUAUUAGGCCAAAUACCACAGGGACUCUAGGUACAACAUGUACUUCACAAAUAAUGCCAGGAACACCACUCCGCCCAGGUAUGACAGUAAUACGGACACCACUUCAGCCAUCAACAUUAGGAAAGGCUAUUAUUCGAACACCUGUAGUGGUGCAGCAAGGUAUUCUUCCAUCCAGUCAGACUCAACAGGUGGUGACUCAGAUAAUUAGAGGUCAACCUGUGUCAACUGCAGUGUCUAGUGCUAGCACAACAACUUCAAGUCCUGGACAAAAGGUAGCAACAGCUCCAGGAACACCUCCACAGAAUAUACAACCACAAACCACAACACCGCAGCCCACUCGUCCCCAGCAAGGGCAGGUGAAACUUACGAUGGCCCAACUCACGCAGCUAACUCAAGGACAGGGUGGCAGUCAGGGGUUGACUGUGGUAAUUCAGGGACAGGGUCAAACUACUGGCCAGUUACAGUUGAUACCUCAGGGUGUGACUGUAAUACCAGGUCCAGGACAACAACUAAUGCAAGCAGCCAUGCCGAAUGGUACAAUUCAAAGAUUCCUUUUCACUCCAUUAUCGUCAUCCACUACAACAGCUAGCACAACUACUACGACAGUUUCCACUUCGACAUCAGCUACAGGAGAACAGAAACAAGCCUCACAAACACAGACACAACCAGUGCUGCCACCAAUUCAGCCCCACCCUCAUAGUCAAUUGCAAGCUCAGCCACAGGUGCAAACCCCAAGUAUUCAGCCUCAGCCCCCAGCCCAGCCACAGACUACUCAGCCCUCACUUCAGCCUGAAGAUCAGACACAGCCUGAAUCUCAGUCUCCAACGUCAGCUCAGUCUCCAGUCAAAUCUGAAGCACAAACUGUCAUGGCACAAUCAACUAAAACUCCAGUCACAGUUCAGUCUGCACCACAGACCCAGCUUCAAGGGCUGCCUCAAAUUCAAAUCCAAAAUCAACCACAGACUGUCAUCCAUCCACAAGCUCAGUCCCAAGUCCAAGCUCUGCAGCAAGCCCAGGUGCAGACCACAACCCAGCAACAGAUACAAAUGCAACCCCAAGCUUCUAUACAAAUACAAGCUCAACUGCAGCAGCAGUCGCAACCCCAGAUUCAGACUUCCCUUCAGACUCUUCCAGCUGCACAAAAUUUAAAUCAAGUUACUGUACAAUCUCCACCUCGCCCUCAGCUGCAGAUCCAGCAGCCUACAACAAAAGUUAUUACUGUACCUCAGCUUCAGCAGCAAGUCCAAGUUCUCUCCCAACUUCAGUCUCAUGUUGUAGCUCAGAUACAGGCCCAGCAGGGUGGUGUGCCCCAGCAGAUUAAGCUUCAGUUACCUAUUCAGAUUCAACAAGCCAGCCCAGUGCAGGCUCACCAGAUUCAGAAUGUGGUAACAGUUCAAGCAGCUAGUGUUCAAGAGCAGCUGCAAAGGGUUCAGCAGCUCAGGGAGCAACAGCAAAAGAAAAAGCAGCAACAGAUAGAAAUUAAACGUGAACACACUCUUCAGGCUUCUAAUCAAAGUGACAUUAUCCAAAAACAGGUGGUGAUGAAACACAAUGCUGUAAUAGAACACUUGAAACAGAAAAAGACACUGACCCCGGCUGAACGAGAAGAAAAUCAGAGAAUGAUAGUGUGUAAUCAGGUGAUGAAGUAUAUUUUGGAUAAGAUAGAUAAAGAAGAAAAACAGGCAGCUAAGAAACGGAAGCGAGAAGAGAGUGUGGAACAGAAGCGUAGUAAACAGAAUGCCACCAAGCUCUCAGCUCUGCUUUUCAAACAUAAAGAACAACUUAAAGCUGAAAUACUGAAAAAAAGAGCACUUCUGGACAAAGAUCUACAAAUCGAAGUGCAGGAAGAGCUAAAGAGAGACUUGACUAAAAUUAAGAGAGAAAAAGAAAAAGCACAGGCAGCAGCUGCCGCCGCCGCAGCUGCUGCUGCUGCUGCUGCCGCAGCAGCAACACCACCUCCACCUCCUCCUCCACCACCACCACCGCCACAGCAUGCCACCAGCGUCACAUCUGCCAGCACAGUCCCAGCGCCAGUAUCUUCCCAGAAGAGAAAACGAGAGGAGGAGAAAGAUUGUUCAGCUUCCAAGUCCAAGAAAAAGAAAAUGAUUUCUACUACCUCAAAGGAAACCAAGAAGGACACAAAGCUUUAUUGCAUCUGUAAAACACCUUAUGAUGAAUCAAAAUUUUACAUUGGCUGUGACCGAUGUCAGAACUGGUAUCACGGGCGCUGUGUUGGUAUUUUGCAAAGUGAGGCAGAUCUCAUUGAUGAGUAUGUCUGUCCACAGUGUCAGUCUACAGAAGAUGCCAUGACAGUGCUCAGUCCACUGACUGAUAAAGAUUAUGAGGGAUUACGAAGAGUACUACGUUCCUUACAGGCUCACAAGAUGGCAUGGCCAUUCCUAGAACCAGUAGAUCCCAAUGAUGCACCAGAUUAUUAUGGUGUUAUCAAAGAGCCUAUGGACCUUGCUACCAUGGAAGAAAGAAUCCUGAAACGUUACUACAAAAAGGUGACAGAGUUUGUGGCAGAUAUGACCAAAAUUUUUGAUAACUGUCGUUACUACAAUCCAAGUGACUCCCCUUUUUACCAAUGUGCAGAGGUUCUUGAAUCAUUCUUUGUACAGAAACUAAAAGGAUUCAAGGCGAGCAGAUUGUGAUAUCUUUAGUCUGACCUUUUUAACUGGAAUCAGAACUGGAUGUUGGGGUCACUGUUUCUUUUAUUGUGCAGUACCAUGACAUUAAACUGCCUUAAAAAAUCCAGAUCAGUGUCCAAAUAUUAAGUGUUCGUUUUAAAAUGGAAACAAUUAUUUGCCAGCAGCCAUGUUGGUAAACAAAAAUGUAUUAAGAAACUCUCUGUUCCUUGGAAUACUGUAUUUAAACAAAGUCAAAUAAUUCAGUCUUGGAAACUAUGUAUUUUAAUUAAAUAUUUGCAGUCACUAAUAAAACUGUGAACGUUAGAAAGGGGAUUCGCUGAACUCUGAUUAGCAAAAAUGUGGUAUUAAUUUCUUUUACUAUUCAGUUUUUUAUGUUUGAAUGUUUAUCCAAAGACUUCCCAAAUCAAUGUAACUUAAGUAUAUUUUGUAUAUUUUACCAAAAGUACCGUAAUAACUUAUGAAUUGUCUUUAUGCCUUCCCUAUUACAGAAUACUAUUAUGUAUCUUGAUUAGUAAAAUUUUAUUUUGGGCAUUUUUGGAUAUUCCAGUGAAGCAUCAUGUUUUGUAUACAGUGGAAUUUUUUAAUGCUGUAGCUGAAAACUUCUGUAAAGUUUGGAGAUGCUUGUUUUAAAUGAUGUUCAUCUCCAAAGAUGAACAGACACAACAUGGCUGCAUUCCCCUCUCAGUGAUUGACCCCUGGCAUCCUCUUAGAGAAACAGGGUUCCCAAAAAUGAAGGGUGCUUAAUUCACUUUUUUCUGUAUUCUGCAGGUCUCAUAACAACAAACUGCAGUCUACAGCUUCUUAGAGUUCAGCGUGUUAACUUAACACACACACAGCAAGAAUCUGGUUGUCUGAAAAUUUUUAAUUAAGAAGCCAGAUGGUUUUUAGUCAGGUUAUCCUGACAAGACUUCAUGUAAACUGUGUUUUUAUUGGUCACAGCAGUCAAAUUAUAUUCUUGGCUUAUUUUGUCCAAAGGACAAAGGAAUAAAAAUCAGCAGCACCACUUUCUUGUCAAGAUCAAAUUGUUGUACUAUUGUGGCAGAAGUGAGAAACCUUUGUUUUGUUGGUGAGAGAGAGCAAGCAAGCAAGAAAAAAGAUACAGUAAAUGGAGUCAAGUUUAACUCCAUGGAAAUGCCACGUCUGUUCUUCAGUGAAGAAGCUGGUUUAAAGUCCACACAGAAAACUUUGUAUUUAUUUAUUGUUGCAAAAAAGGACGCUUUUUUAUUGCUGCCCUCAUUUGUCAGCUAAUUAUUUUUUCUUAUAAAAUCCGGCCCCGGUUACAUGUAAUCCAUUCUGUAUCUUAACAUGAUUCCUGUAGGUAAAAGUACAAGAAGACCUCUAGAUGUCUUUUCUUUCUAUGAAAGGAGCUGCUAUGUACACAUGUGCACACACAAAAAAACUGGGAAUCAACAAUGAGUUUAUCAUUCGUGGUAAAGAAAAACGAUUAAGCUUGCAUAAAAGUUGGGCUAAGUGGUCACAGACUACAGACUCUGUUGCCUUGAAUAUAACAGUACAAUUUGUCAUUUACUCUGCACCAGACUGAAAUGAGUAAAAUCUAUUUGAAGGUAUCUUGUUUGUAAACAUUUGUCAGAUUCUAAUUUUUUUCUUUUUGUAUUAAAAUUCAAAACAUGGAUGUAUAAUGAAACAAAAUAAAUGGAGAUAAUUUUUCUCCCCACAGAUGUAGCUGUCUUUGAAUGUGCGCUAAUAUGUUUGUAAAGUUUUUUAGGGGGGUCUGUUUGGAAUUGGAAGUAUCCCAAGCAGUAGGGGAGGAAAAGGUAAGAAGGGUAGAAAGGGAAAGCAUUUUUCUUUUCAUUAAGCAACUACUGUCCCUUUAAAACACAAUUCUACUGUGGUGCCAUAAUUGCUGCAUCAGAUAAUUAAAGGCAGUAUUGAGAAAUUUUGUUGCCCACUUCUGAAUUAGAAAGAAGGCAAAAUACCAUCCAGGAAUGAAGUCCCACAUGUUUGUAAUUAUAUCCGUGAAGGGCAUUCUCAGUGGUUUUGUCUCUGCCUAUACAAGGAAAGCUAGCAUGAGGGAUAAAUGGAAGCCAACAGAGGGAGAUGUGACUUGCAGACUUUUCCUUCUCCUCUCUCUGAUCUAUCACUUGCAUAUUGCUUUUGUAACUGACUUUGUCCUAUUAACUGCCUCCAGUAAAUCAGCCAAGGCUGGUUUAUGCAGCUCUACAACCAUUUUGCUAGAUUUUGCACUAAUUCACAAUUAGCUUUGUCCUACAGUGAUCUGGGAUUUACCUGGUUUAUGGAUAAACUUCCCUUGGGUUUAACCACACCCUGCUAUGCAAGAACCUUUCCUGUUAACUUCUUAGAAAUAAGACAUUGCUACUGACCACAGUUUUCUUACAAUUACAUGCUCAGGUGUACAGGUUCUUCUGGGUUAAUUUUAUCUAAUAAAACCCAUACAUUUUUGUACAGAUACUGUCAUUUAACCUAUAUGUGAAAACUAAAAAUGAUAUGUUCAAUGUGAAAACAAAAUCAGUUUAUGCUUCUUAAAAAUAUUAUGAGAAGGGUAGUUGCAUUUAGGUUAUGUUGUCCUUUGACUUCUUAAAAGAAAUGCUACAUAUUGUAUGCAUUGUGUUUAAUGCAAGAAAGAAAAUUCUCAAUUUAAUGAGUUCUGAAAAUAUUCUGCAUCUCUUCUCAACUUCACAGUAUUUCUGUACUAUUUAUUCAUAUAUAAAUAUAUAUGAUGUCAUUUGGAACUUAAUGCGAAAAGAACUUUCUUACCUGUAGCCAAUAGAUUGCUAUGUUUUUAACAGUUGUGGCAAACUGAAAAGUACUUUUUUUGUACGUAAUAGGACAUUUCAUCCUAGACAAAUAAAGUCGUGUGUUUGACAUCCGA